AUGACGCUCUUUUUCGAGCUGCCUGAACCACAAAUGCAUUACUGGACUCUGCUGUUUGUAAAGGACAGCCUGAGAAGUGAGGAGGAAAAUGACAGCUACCCUUACGAAAACGCCAUCUAUGGAAUUCACAGCGAAGGACAGCCUCUUAAAAGGGCUUUCCAAGACUUUUGGGCUGAAACAGUAUUGUGCUGGGCAUUGACAUAUGAACUUGAGUGUGANCAAAAAGUUGUUUACCUGCUGCCAUUAUUAUCAUCCAACAAAGAACGGAGAGGAAUCGCAUUGGACGGCCAUCUCAAAAAACAGGAAACCAAUCUGGCAUCAACCACUUUAUUGGCAUCGCCUGAAGAACGUGAUGCUUUUGGAAUAAUAGUUUCUUAUGCAGUCAAAGUAAAACUGUAUCUAGGUGCACUAGGAGGAGAAUUAGCUGCUGAACUGCCAUUUAUUUUGAUGCAUCCUAAG